GCUUUCCCCGCCUUCUCAAUAUGGCGGCUGCAGAAGCCGGGUUCGCACUUCCGGCAGGAGGAGCCACGUCUAGAGCUGCCUGGCUGCAGCAAGAAAUCCAGGAUUCUGUGAGCUCUGCAUCAAGAUAGCCACGGUGAGGUAGAUGCUAUUCACCAGCUCUCAGGUGAGAGUCCUCAGCCGAGCCCAGGACUUCUGUGAUCAUAUGGCCAUAUAAGUCUUCAACUGGGAGAGAACCACCACCGAUGAGAGAUGUUUCCACUGAAGUUCUUGGUCCAGCACAGCCAACUCUUACUUUGUGUAUUGGCUUCAAGCGAGAGGGCUAGAGUCUGGCCAGGGCAGUAGCUGCUCAGUCCCACCUCUGCUGCUCACCAGUAGACAAAAAGGUGUUUGGGAAAUUGCGUUGCUGCCAAUGGGGAGGUGGACCUUCGGCUUGACCUUCAUAUGGAAGGUGAUGCUGACUCUUGGGCUGGUGCUCCUCUAUUACUGCUUCUCCAUCGGUAUCACCUUCUACAACAAAUGGCUAAUGAAGAGUUUCCACUUCCCCCUCUUCAUGACUCUGCUUCACUUGGUAGUGAUAUUCCUUUUCUCGGCUUUGUCCCGAGUGUUGACACAGUGCUGCCAUCAGCGCCCCCGAGUGGUGCUGAGCUGGGCCGACUACCUCCAGAGAGUAGCUCCCACAGCAUUGGCAACGGCACUUGACGUGGGUCUGUCUAACUGGAGCUUCCUGUACAUCACCGUCUCACUGUACACAAUGACCAAGUCCUCGGCAGUCCUCUUCAUUUUGAUCUUCUCCCUGAUCUUCAAGCUAGAGGAGCUGCGGGCAGCAUUGGUCCUGGUGGUCCUGCUUAUUGCUGGUGGCCUCUUCAUGUUUACUUAUAAGUCCACACAGUUUAAUGGAGAGGGAUUUGCCCUAGUAUUAGGGGCCUCAUUCAUUGGGGGAAUUCGAUGGACCCUUACCCAGAUCCUCUUACAGAAAGCUGAACUAGGUCUCCAAAAUCCUAUUGACACCAUGUACCAUCUGCAACCACUAAUGUUUCUGGGACUCUUCCCCCUUUUUGCUGUUUUUGAAGGCUUGCAUUUGUCUACAUCGGAGAAGAUCUUCCGCUUCCAGGAUCCAGGGCUCCUCCUGGGAGUACUUGGGACACUCUUCUUUGGUGGCAUUCUUGCCUUCGGCUUGGGCUUUUCAGAGUUCCUAUUAGUUUCCAGAACCUCUAGCCUGACCCUCUCCAUUGCUGGGAUUUUUAAGGAAGUCUGUACUUUGCUGCUGGCAGCUCAUCUGCUGGGAGACCAGAUCAGCCUGUUGAACUGGCUGGGCUUUGCCCUCUGUCUGUCUGGGAUAUCUCUCCAUAUCACUCUCAAAGCCCUCAACUCCAAAGGUGAAAGUGGUCCUAAGCCCCACAAAGGGCCUGUCUCCAGCUCUGACCUGGAGCUACUUCUCCGCAACAGGGAGCCUGGUGAUGAGGAAGAUGAGGAUGAAGGGGAAAAAUACUUUGUGGCCCAGGGACAGUAGUGACCUGCCUGACUGGUAGUGCCAGAAGCGUGUUCUCCCCCCUCCCCCCUUUCCUGCACUGAUUCUUCCUUGUACACCUUUGGUAGCCAACCGUGUGGGCAGAUGCAAGUGUCCUGCCUCAUCAGACGGGCAGCAGUGGGCUCUGUGAUGCCCAGACUGGGACUCAGCUGAUAUAAUGUAUCAAUGUGGAAAUUGUUGGGAUAAAAUGGCCAUUAUGGUAGUGUUCUUGGUAUCCAGGACCAAAUGAGAGCUGUAUGGACCAUCAGGGUGGAGAAGCUAUAUUACCGAGUCUUGGAAAGUCCAAGACUUGGGAGGGGGGUCACAGUGGAGGAUGAGAAUGGGCUGGUUCCCUAGAGUGGUUCCCUAAGACCUCUUAGACCAAGAAUUAUGACAAGAAUUGUCAUAAUUAAGGGUUUAAUCAAGAUCACUAAGGGAAGCAGAUGUGAACUCUAGACUAUUCUCCAACUAGGGGAAGGUGGAGGGGCUGGGACCUCAGAACCUAGAGAGCUGCUUUGCAGCUUUUAUUUAUAGUUUGGAAAUAAAUGCUUUAUGGUCCACUGAC